CGGACACGAGGGUACAAACAAAAUGCCGAGCAAAUAUAACUCAGAGCAAGGUGAACAUACAUGUACUGCGUGCCCAGCACCAAGAAUUCAUUCACUAAGAAACGCAUCAGGAGAAUUCGCCAAGAAUAUAUGGCGGACGAGAAGGAGAAGGCGAGGAGGAAGAAGCGGCACUGCAUGGCGUGCUGCGUGGCGCUGGGCGUGCUCGUCAUCCUGGGCGCCCUGGCGCUGGCGUUCUACCUCCGGUACCGUCCCCUCGCGCCGCGCGUGGUGGCGACGCCCGUGGACGUGAGCAUCGACGAGUUCAGUCUGGUGCCCCCGACCCUGAAGGUCUCCGUGGGCGUGCACGUGGUGGUGAGCAACCCCAGCCACGCGCCGUACCGGUACGGCGCGGCGCUGAGCGCGGUGACGUACCACGGGGAGCCCGUGGGGGAGACGCUGGUGCCGCCCGGGGAGGUGGGCGGGCGGUCCACGGCGCGGAUCGAGCCGGCGACGGUGGUGGACGGGGUGAAGGUGGCCGAGAACCCGCACUUCGCGUCGGACGCGGUCGCGGGGGCGCUGCCGUUCGUGGCCGUGGUGAGGGUGGUGGGCAAGGCGCUGGUGCUGCGGGUGUUCGAGGUGCCCGUGACGGUGGAGGUGGUGUGCUAUGUCCGCAUGUACGUGUUCCACGGGGAGAGCAGCUCGCGGUGCGUGUCGUCAGUCCGCACGGGCUCCGGCUCGGGCUCGGGCUCGGGCUCGGAGGGAGCCGGCGCGGGGUUCCCUCAAGGCCCCAAGCAUGAGCACGAUUAGGUGCAACUAUGUGCGCCACUUGGCUAUUGGAUUUGUUUCUGGUUUUGUGUUGUGUUGUUCUUUCACAAUUCACUGUUAAACGGAGUAGUACAUUUUAAUAUUUGUAAUUUUUUUUAUAUGUAUACGAUCUGUUUCUGGUUUUGUGCUGUGUUGUUCUUUCACAGUCCGCACGUGAGCACGAUUGUCGAUGCCUCACGGGAAUUUUUUAUACGUAUAUUUUAACAUAUGUAAAAUUAUGCAGUCGUUUAAAA